AUGUUCAAGGCCGGACUGGCAUCGUCCAAAGACAGCGCCAUAGUCUACGAAGAAGCCAUGGCCACACACGCUGCGCUCAAGCCCGCAGCCGCAUGCACAACACAAUCCAAGCCAGGACAGCUACAACAUGUGCUUUUCCUGGCUUUUGACGACGGCGCCUUUAGCGCAAGCAUGCACGAAUACGCAUGCGGAAACUACUCACCACAAGCACACAUGAUCAGCCGUCUUACACGCGCAGAGCUCGGCUGGUGGCAUCUCCCCAUGUACGACAUGCCGCGCGCCAAGUUCUGGGCCCAAGUCCAAGAAAGCAUUGCGCACGUACUGCGGUUGCAGGAGAAGCCCCCCGGCCGAAUUGUGCUCCUGGGCAGCCACGGCGGAGAUGCAGAGUUCAAGCAGAUUGUCGAAGAGGCCUUGUGGAGAGAAUUAGAGGUCGACGUCAGCAACAUGCUGGGCGUUAAUGAGCUCGGUGACAGCCAAUGGUUGGCAGCAAGAGGCGCAGCAGAACUAGCAUGGCGGCAUAGUUGA